UGAAGUUGCGGGAAAACUGAAGCAGGCAAUUCCUGUGUUGAUAACUCCAAAGCUGUAAGAUAGACAGCUUAUACAAAUCACCAUGGAAACCCCUCUGGCCCCUGAUGUCAAAAAGGGGAUUUCAGUCCUUUGGGAGACCUUGCAGUGUCCCAUAUGCUUGGAUUUAAUGACUGCACCUGUGUCUACCAAGUGUGACCAUCAGUUUUGCAAAUGUUGUGUGAUGAAGCUUUUGGACAACACCAUACCAAGCAGGGCUAGCUGUCCAGUGUGUAAAACCAAGAUAACCAGAAGGAGCUUGCAGGAGAGCCCUGGGUUCCAGAGACUUGUUUCAGGAUUGCAGAGCAUGAUUCAGGCGUAUGAAAAUGACACAGGCAUCAACUACUUUACUGGUAUGUGCCAGGAAAAAGGACAACCAGGAGUCUCGGAUGCUGAAGCUACUAAACAUUGUCAUGAUAAUCCAUUUGAAGAAACACCAGACAACGAAGAAAAUGUUGACAAUGAUGAUCUGUCAAGGUCUCCCUCUUCAACUAUAGCAGCCCAGAAUGGAUUUGCACGACUGAUGGGACUUGAAGACACAAGUCCUUUGACGACAGAAAAUGAAGGCCUGGACAGUGGUCUUGGAGAAGCCCCACCAAUGUCUGACAAGAAAACGCACAGCCCUCCAGAUAAUGUGGAAGCAAUUGAAACAGAAAUGUCAGACGUUGUGGAAAAGGCAACAUCAAGACACAAAACAAGAGGCAAAAUAAAAGCCUCCUUUCAACCACCAUUAAUAACAGAUGAGACCAAAGACCAACCUUUAAGAAAGUCCUUAAGGAAAAAGCAGAACACAGAUUUGGAUCCUGACAAGAUUCUUGAGGAGAAACAGAAAAAAAGUCUAGAGAAAGUCGCUGAGUGGCUCAUGAAAGUUCCAACUGAAGGAAGUCUGGAGUUAGAGAAACCCAACAAAAACUCAGACGAUUCUGAGAGCUUUUCUUCAUCUUCAACAAUAGAUGUCAAACAACAUAGCAUCUUUAUGAAUCCUACCAGAGAGGAUCGUGCUAAAGUUCUCAAUGAGCAGGUGUUUGGGGCCGUCUACAAACGAGACAGAAAAGGAAACAGGAACAGGUCUCCUCCACAUGUCGAACCACAAACAACCAAAGAAACACAAAAGAACUCCAAAAUAAAUAAGAGGAACACUCUUGCUGAUAUUGUCAAGAAAACAAGCACCGAAGAUAAACAUGGCAGCGAUUUGGAGGAAGAGCAACAAAGGAUAGACCAGGUUAUUGAUACCAGUAGUGACAUUUUUGAAGAGGCAGAAAAGAUGGAUGUCAUUCUGGAAAAUGACACGGACAAACACGGAGAAGAGUUUGACAACUUGUCAGAAAGUAAGAAAGAUGGCAAAGAUGAGGUUCCUUGUCCUCCGUCUGAUAUUGAACCACUACAACCAAAAAAUAAGUUGAAGAAAAGGACACGCAGCUCUCUGCAGCAGGUCGACAUUGAUUUGCAGAAGCAAGCCGAGGAACAUUCAGAAAGUACCGAGCAAAAGAAAACUGACAAGAAGAAAGGUAGAAACACGAGGUCAGAAAAUGGCAAGCCGGCUAGAGUGCCGAAACCCCUUGUUCUGGUCGGAGUUCAAAAUGGAGAAACCAGUCCUAUGGCUAAACCGAGGUCAGAAGAAGUUCAAGUACAUAUUGAAAAUUACCCAAGCAGCGAGGAACAAGAAAUCCCUGUCACGAGGAGCAAUACGAGAAGUAGAAGACUUCAACUCUUUGCUGAGGAAGUCCAGGAAGGUCACAAGAAAGCAAACUGGAGAGCCAAUAAAGCUAAAAAAAAAAGCAUUGUUGCAAAGCAAUCUGAGGAAGCUAAAGAUGGAGAAUUGGAUGAUAUGCCAUCACCUAAGAAUGAAAGCAUGACGCAGGUGGCUGAACAAAAUGGAUGCAUUUAUGGUGAUGAUUUAGGAGGAAUAGAAAACAUGGAGUCUGGUGAGAGACCAACACCAAAUGCUCCAGAUUCCAUUGUCGAAGUACCAAAUACUGACACUUGGUCUGAAGCUAGUGCUGCUUGUAAUGUCGCUGUGGUCCCGAGCUCUACCAGUCCACAUGAAGACACUGUGGUACCUCCAACAUUUGAACGCCACAAUCCAGCAAAUCAUCUCCCUAACAAUACUCGCUUGGAAACCUUGACUAACCAGACAAAAUGUGCUGGAGCUGAACAUGAGGAAGAUAACAAUGACAGUGAACUGGACACGGAGCAACUGCUCAAGAGCUUCAAAGCCACUAAAAGGAAAUCUUUCAAUCUUGGCGGCUCAAAUGUAAAAAGGACCCGGGGCUUCGACCAAGAAAACGUGCAGGUAUCCGAAGAAAAGGAUAGCAAGCGUGUUGGUUCUGGUGUUGAAUCUGUAAAUAAUCAGAUGUACACAAAGGAAUCUGAAAUGACAAACCAAGAAGCAUUAAGAGACAAUGAAACCUCAUCUUGCUGUGAUUUCAUAUCCCCUUCCAUCUCACCUUCCCUAACACGAAAACUAGUUGAGAAAGCUGAUCAAGUGGUGGUAGAAGCCUCCAUCCCUGAUAGCAGUUGUUCAGGUCAGGAUAUCUCUUUCUCCAGGAAUAAUGUCAGCAGCGCCCUCACUCCCAAUAAAGUGUCAAAACGCAAAAUAGAAAGUCCUAAUCUCUCCGCUGUGCCUCAUGUAGUAGAUUCUGGGCUCCGCUUCACAGCUGAACAUGACGAGUUAAAUGAACCCUCAAAGUAUUCUCAGAUCACAGAGAAGCAGCUUGAUGCUGGCAAAGGGAUGGAGAUAAGAGACGUGUGCAAUACAAAUGCCGGUGGAACACAUUCAGUCAACACUGCUGAACAUUUUGUAAACACAGAGUUCUCUUUAACUCCCAGCGGCCUCAGUGCACCAGUUGUACAAAUCCGUGAAGCAAACAGCUGUGGUAGCGGAGAGCUGAGCGCCCAUUCCUCCCUCAAGAGCAAACCCAAGAAGAGGAAGAGGGCCCAGAGGCUCGAGUCUUCCUCAGAGUCAGACCGCAGUGAAGAGGAAUUACCAACUUUGACAGAGAUUUUCGGAACAUCAGCUUCUCGCUCUGCUGUGACAAAGGACCAGGGAGACUCCGGAGAAGCUAGAUGUGAGGGUGUUUCAGUUCCUGGAGCACAACAGAUGAGCCGUCCACCUGCAAGCCACAGCCCCGACUGUGUUCCUACCAGCCAAGGCUCUGUGGACCUGUUUAGCACGCCUGAUGAAUGUGAUGUCCCAGUGAAUGAUGUCGGCACUUCACAAUAUGAAUCAUCACAAUUUUCAAGCGAAGUUCUUGUCACACAGCAAAAGAUAGACAUGCAGAAUGAGCUGGUGAGGUUGGAGAAGUUGAUGGCUCUGGUGACCGAGGUGCUUCAGGAGAAAGAAGACAGUCCUGCAAAAGAAGACCCCUCAAAAACAGAUCAGAGCAGCAAAACCACAGGCCAAGAGACAAACAGAUCCCCAUCGUGCAACAAGGUCACAGGCCCAGGUUCAGACCAGGAAGCUGUUCAAGAAGUAGAGCGAGAGCCCAGCACAAGACCAUCUGAUGGAGAAGGGGUCGCCGAGCCCGGUGUGUCAGAGACGGAAGUGCAGCGCUCCACACACACGGGGCCGGGUGCAAAAGGCUCCGGAGACUCCAAGACUCCCAGUUCAAGUCCAGCAGCCAGACCAUUAAAGAGCAACGGUUCACCAUCAGAUGGGCAAGAAGACAAAGAAAACAACACUCCUCCGAAAGACAGAAGCAAAGCUAAGAUGGUGCUAGCGUCAUCUGGGUUAGCCCCAAAUGAACAGACAAUGGUGAAAAAGUUUGCCAAGCGAGUUGGUGGCCGAGUGGUUUCCCAGGUUACCCCGGAGGUGACUCAUGUUAUAAUGCACACAGAUGAACAACUGGUAUGUGAGCGCACGCUGAAGUACUUCCUUGGCAUCGCAGGCAGGAAGUGGGUGGUGAGCUUCCAGUGGAUUUCAGAGUGCUUCAAACUAAAGAAAGUCUUGGAUGAGAGUGCCUUUGAAGUUGGAGGUGAUGUGGUGAAUGGACCCGACCAUCAGGGCCCCAUGAGAGCUCGAACCACUGAAGACCGUAGCUUACUCAUGAAGGGCUUCAAGAUCUGCUUCCAAGGAUCUUUCACAGACAUGACGACAGAUGAAAUGGAGUGGAUGGUGGAGCUCUGUGGAGCAGCUGUAGUCAAAGACCCACUUCUCCUCGACCGUAAACAGCAGAAGUCCCAUCAGCUUGUCAUCGUACAGCCUGGAUCUGAGUCGUCUUCGUCCACAUACAACAGUCUGUCUAAACAAGCUACAGUCGUGACUCGUGGUUGGCUGUUGGAUACCGUGGCAACCUACACCCUCCAAAACUACAAUAAGUACAAAACAUGAGCCAGAGAACAAAGUGAAAUACAGCCACUGAUUCAUUUUACAACCUGUGUCUUUUUUUAAUGUCCAAUACUCUAUCUUAACUGUUAUCCAUCUGUUUGAUUGACAAAGCUCUGUGUGUUGUUUGAGUGUCAUAGUGUAAAGUUUAUUCAACAAAAGAUGCUUGAAUUUCGUUUUCUUUUUCUUGUUCAAUAGCCCAUUUAGUAGUAGAAUUUUGAUCAAUAUUUUCCCUAAAAAUAAUAACAUUUCAGUCUUAGGAGAGAAGCACACUAUCCCAGGAAUCAUGGGAAAUUUACUUUUUUUUUUUUUUUAAAUGUAUGACAUCAGCUACAGUCAAUAUAAUCCAAUCAACUGUAAAUGCAUUGCAAAAGGAGGAAUGUGUCAAACAUAUGGGCUCCAAUAAACUAAAUGGGACUCCGGAUUAAAACCCGCUACUCACAAUAAUUAUAAAUAAAUAAACAAUGGGCUAAUAAUAGCAAA